AUGAGGGGGGCACGGCCGGUGCUGCUGGUGCUGGUGCUGGCGGCCUGCAGCGGCGAGCUCGUGGGGGCCCUGAGAUGCUACACCUGUCACGAGCCCACCAGUGUGUCCAGCUGUGUCACCAUCGCCACCUGCGGUGUCAACGAAACCAUGUGCAAGACCACCCUCUACUCCUUGGAGAUAGUGUACCCCUUCCUGGGGGACUCCACGGUGACCAAGUCCUGCUCCAGCAAGUGCGUGCCCUCGGACGUGGACGGCAUCGGCCAGACGCGGCCCGUGUCCUGCUGUAACAACGACCUGUGCAACGUGGGCGGGGCGCCCGCCCUGGACGGCCGCCGCAGCCUGGCCUUCGUGCUGGCGCUCCUCCUGCUCUGGAGCUUUGGACCCUAG